GUGCGAGUAAAAGUUUGCACUGUUAGUUGGUAGAAUCCAGUCACAACAAGUCAGAGCUGGGCGCAAUUGGUGCGUGUGUGCGUGACACGCGUUUGGGCUUCUCUCUCUUUCCCUCUCACUCUCGCACAAUAUAUACAUACAUGUAUACAUCGUAGAACGCCUGAAAUGUCACAGAGGCAGUCCGCGAACUGCGCGACGAUAAACAAAGAGAAUUAAGAGCGCGUGCACCUCUCGAUGCUGCCAAAGCCUCGUGGACGAUGUCGGCCGCCAAGGGGAUCCUCGGGCUUCGAUUCAACCAGGAUCAAGGAUGCUUUACGAGCUGCAUGGAGUCCGGAUUGCGGGUCUACAAUAUCGAGCCACUGGUCGAACAGGCACACUUCGAUAAUGAGCUCAUGGGUAGCAUUGGCAUAGCCGAAAUGUUAUGGAGGUCCAAUCUCAUCGCUGUUGUUGGCGGUGGCACGAGACCUAAGUUCGCGGACAAUACCGUCCUCAUUUACGAUGAUCUCGCCAAAAAGUUCAUCAUGGAGAUCACUUUUGCCAGUCCUAUCAAGGCUCUUAGACUCAGGAGGGACAAACUUGUAGUUGCACUCCAAAGAGAAAUACAUGUAUUCUCUUUUCCUGUGCCAACUCGUAGAUUACUCACACUAGAGACUAGAGAUAAUCCUAUGGGACUCAUGGAAAUUGCAACAUUAGCUACUGCAAAAAAGCAGCUACUUGCUUUUCCAGGUCACAAACUUGGCAGUGUUCAACUAGUCGAUCUUGGAGCUACCGAAGCUGGUACCUCUAGUGCACCAACUACUUUAGCUGCUCAUCAGGGAGCAAUAGCUUGUAUUGCAGUCAAUCCCGAAGGAACAAUGGUAGCAACAGCGUCAACACAGGGUACCCUUGUUAGAGUAUGGGAUAGCUUACGUAAGCAGUUAUUAAUUGAAUUACGUAGAGGUGCUGAUCCAGCUACAGUAUACUGCAUUACAUUUAGUAAAGAUUCAGAAUUUUUAUGCGCGUCAAGUGACAAAGGAACUGUUCAUAUAUUUGCAUUGAAAGAUACUCGUCUUAAUCGAAGAUCAACGUUUUCAAAUAUAGGAUUUUUGGGAAACUAUGUUGAUAGCCAGUGGGCUCUUGCUACUUUUACUGUACCUCCAGAAUGUGCCUGUGUUUGUGCUUUUGGCAAAGGAAGUUCCGUGAUAGCUGUUUGCAUGGAUGGUACAUUUCAUAAAUAUGUUUUUACAUCUGAUGGCAACUGCAAUCGUGAAGCAUUUGAUGUCUUUCUUGAUAUAUGUGAUGACGAUGAAUUCUAGAGUUAGAUUAUAUAGAUAAACACUGUACAGUUUUAUUCAUACAAAAAGUUUAAUUAUUUUGUACACAAUAAUUAUUUGAUGUCAGAUUGUAAAUAAACUAAAACAGUUUUUUCCAACAUAAUUAGAACUUUAUU